AUGUUUGAAAAAAAGAAGUUCAUUUGCAGAGCAGUUAUAGUUUUCGGACGUCAGGAAAUGUCCACAGCUUCGGAUGAGCCGUUAAUAACGGACAAUUUGGAAUCGUUGAAAGAGGGUGAAGUCUUCGUCGACAGUGAAACAGGCAAGAAAUAUCGUGUGAAGAAAACGAUCCUACCACAUUAUGCCUCAUCCGGACCUCACGGGCUCGGUGAUCCUGAGGAUAGGACCCUAAGACGAAUCGAGGCUGAUGUCAUUAUUCCAAAUAGAAUGAAUGCUCGUAUUGAGAAGGUUGAGUGCCAUGAUGCCUAUAUGGAUCUCGUUAGCUGUAUGCGAGAAAAAGGUGCCGUAAAAGGCCUGAAAUUAUGCAAACCUGAGUUGUCCGUGUUCAAUCACUGCAAGUUUUUGAAAUUCAACGAUACCGAAUUCCGAGAAAAAAUAACGGAAGAAUAUCUUCAAGAACGAUCAGAAGCGCGUCGAACUGGUCUAAGCACACGGCAACGGAAAAUUGAAGAGUAUCGUCAAUGGAAAAAAGAACACGAAAGUAGCUGA